AUGAGUACUCUCGAAGGAGCUCGAGUAAGUCUGCUGGCAUGUGGUAGCUAUAAUCCACCCACAAUCAUGCACCUCCGGAUGUUUGAAAGUGCUCGAAGUUUUCUGGAAUGCCGAUGCGGGUGUGAAGUGGUGGAAGGAAUUCUGAGUCCAGUAGCUGAUUAUUUUGGCAAACCUGACUUACUGCCUGCAGCUCACAGGUUGAAGAUGUCAGACUUAGCUGUAAAAACUUCGUCCUGGAUUCGAGUCGACCCAUGGGAGUGUACUCAGAGUCACUGGACUCGAACUCUUUCAGUUCUUAAGCAUUUCAAGCAGGUACUGAAUUGCAAUUUCAAUGGCAAGCGUUUAAUGUUAUUAUGCGGUGGAGAUGUCGUAGAUUCAUUUAAACAGAUAAAACCAUCUGGCGAUUACUUGUGGGAGCCUUCAGAUGUCGCUGCUAUUAUACGAGAUUUUGGAUUGGUUGUACUCGCCAGAGAGAAUACAAACCCACUGAAUACUUUAAGUCAGCUUGGCUACAAUGGUCAUUGUUUGAAGAAUGUGGUUGUUUUUGAAGAUCCGGUCAUGCCUAAUAACAUUAGUUCUACACGUUUGCGAGCUGCAAUUCGACGUGGAGAAUCUAUAAAGUAUUGUACAACAGAUGCUGUUAUCGAAUAUAUCGCUAAGCAUGAAUUGUACCUUCCCAGGAACAAUCGAACUUCAAGUUUUCCUUAA